AUGGGAAACUCGCAAGGUACCACUGUGGAUGACCUGCAGGCCGUGGAGCUCCACCACUGGUACAAGAAGUUCAUGAUUGAGUGCCCAUCGGGACAGCUGGCUCUGCACGAGUUCAAACAGUUCUUCGGCCUUAAGGGAUUGACCCAGGAAGCCAAUGCCUACAUUGAACAGAUGUUUAAGACUUUUGAUAUGAAUAAGGAUGGAUACAUUGACUUCUUGGAAUAUGUGGCUGCCCUUAGUUUAGUUCUCCGAGGUAAAAUGGAACAGAAACUGCGCUGGUACUUCAAGCUCUAUGAUGUGGAUGGUAAUGGCUGCAUUGACAGGCAUGAACUACUCCAAAUAAUUAAGGCUAUCCGUGCCAUUAAUGGUUGUGAACAAGACAUGCCAGCGGAAGAGUACACAAAUCAAGUCUUUGACAACAUUGAUGUCAACGGAGAUGGGGAACUUUCUCUUGAAGAGUUUGUUGAAGGAGCCAAGAAAGACAAAGGGUUUUGUGAUGUGAUGAUGAAUACUCUCGACCUCACUCAUAUUUUUACAAUGAUUCAUAAUCGAAGACACAGUGUUUAA